GGGUAGGGCUCGCCGGCUGCCUUCCCGCCGCUCUGGAAUGAGCGGGGCUGCGUUCCCGUCGCCGGCUGCUGAGAUGGCCGAGAUCAACCGCCUGCAGUACGAGAUGGAGUACACUGAGGGCAUCAGCCAGCGCAUGAGGGUCCCAGAGAAACUCAAAGUAGCUCCUCCAAACGCUGACCUGGAUAAGGGCGUCCAGGAAGGAUUUCCAAAUGCCAGUGUGACUAUGCAGGUUCCUGAGCGAAUUGUAGUGGCCGGUAAUAGCGAAGACAUUCCAUUUCCCAGACCAUCAGACCUUGACAUCCUUCAGUCUACUUCACUCAAACCACUGGCAUUGAAAACUCCUCCCCGUGUUAUUUCUCUUAGUGAUCGACCGCUAGACUUUUUGGACCUAGAAAAACCUCCUCAGCAGACACCUCAAACUGAAGAGGUUCGCUCCGUGGGGAGACUGAAGAGAGAGCGUUCCAUGAGCGAGAACGCCACGCGCCAGAACGGCCAGCUGGCCCGCAACGACUCCAUGUGGCACAGAUCAGAUACUGUCCCAAGAAAUAAAAUGCCACGGUUCCAGUCACCUCUUUCGACUCAAGAUUGCACUGUGACACCAUCACUGCAACAGGCUCGUGUCUGUCCUCCCAAUAUGUCACCUGAAGAUGGGACUAAUCUUUACUCUGCUCGUGGCAUUUUGUCGUUUAUCCAGUCUUCUACUCGUAGGGCUUACCAGCAGGUCUUGGAUGUGCUGGAUGAAAACCGCAGGCCAGUGUUACGUGGUGGGUCAGCUGCUACCACUUCCUCUAACUCUCAUCAUGAAAAUACCAGAUACGGUCUUUCCAACCUGGAUACAACGCUGGAGGGAACACCAGAUGACAUGACAGUUGUAGAUGCUGCCUCCUUAAGACGACAGAUAAUCAAACUUAAUCGCCGUCUACAGCUUCUGGAAGAAGAAAACAAAGAGCGUGCUAAAAGGGAAAUGAUCAUGUAUUCCAUCACUGUAGCUUUCUGGCUCCUCAACAGCUGGCUUUGGUUUCGGCGCUAGGCACCACUCUGGAGAAGAAACUACCAGUUCUCCAAGUUCCUUGGUUUUGUUUCUGAAUUGUGUGCUGUUUUAUAAUUCAUACACUGGGAACUGCCAUCACAGAGAAAGGCUGCCGCAGUGGGACCCCCUGUGCUCAGUCAAACCCUGUUCAGUAGGUUCGCAUCGCCAGCACUCACAGUAUCCUCCUUUGCAUGCUUCAGUGUCAGUGCGGCUCUGCCCGCACCACGUUGGCUUCAUGCAGCGUAAGGACUGUGGCCUGCAGGAAUAACCACUGGGACGUUUUGCAGUGUUGGGAAGAGAAUGGACAGAAUGAGCUUGGUAAAAGUGUAAAAAGGGAAGGAAUAAAGUGUAGAUUUUACUGUUUUGUUGUUAGGUGCAAUUAAUCGUGAUUGCAGAAGUUAUCCUUUAGUCUGAGUAGUUUGAGGUGUGCCAUACAUGAGGAGCAUGUUCUGUUUCAUGAGUGUGUUCCUUCUUUAAGUACAUGUCCAAGGAAUAAUAAAAGGAAUUCUUUGCUAACAUGCAGCUUGUCCAGAGGUGUGUAAUACAUUUUGGUUGUUUUGUUUUUAGCUUUAAUUUUGCAGGUCUUUUUCUAUAAAAUAAAUUUUAAGCAAGACUGUGAGUGAUGAAAAGACUCUGGGG